AAAGUAUAUUGUAUUAUAUUUAUUAGCCCCUCCUAAUUUUUAUUUUAUAUAUAUACAUGCUCGUACACCUCUCAUGUAACUAAACAUUUAGUAUAUGUCUAUCCGCGAUCGUAGAAUCGAAAAACCUCCAGUCUUAUCCUCUUCCUCUUGAGCGCGAGUCGAUUUUAUUCUCACUCUCUGAGCUCAAAACCACGUGUCUGCUAAAAUUACGCGAAAAAAAAUUUUUUUCAAAAAUUGAUACUUCCAUAGCCUAGUAAUGAGUUUUAAUAAAAAACCGGUAGAAAAUUUUUGUCAUCAAAAUAAUUUUUAAAAAAUAUUUUGCGUGUAAAAUAAAAUAAAAAUAAGUGAGUAAUUAGUAGUAUGUUAAUUUAUUGAUCCUUGAUGUCUUUUAACUUCCUGUUAAGUGACAAGUUGCUGAAUAAUGUGCAAUAAAUUAUGAUUAUUAUUUAUUUGAUAGUUUGUUGUUAAAAAUAAUAAUUUAUUUUGAAAACUAUGAUGGGACUUUUAGAGUCGGUGUUGAUAUUUAUGAUGCUGGUGGCGAAUGUCGCGAGGGGUAACUGGCGGCAACCCUGUGGCUCUUACGGUUGCCCCUAUCAGCCUCGUUACGAGCCCUUCGUGCCUGCACCGCCCGGGCACACGCCUCGCUGCGCCAAGCCUGGACAAACCUUCUGCGAAACUCUCGAUCAUUAUCCUCAGCAGCUUAUUAAAUUUUUGGUCGAGAAGUGUAUGUACAAUUUUGCGACGAUACUGAAAGAUGAGUCGCAGUACGAUUUUAAUACCAAUAAAUUGAAGCCUGGUUAUGGGGGAUACGAAUACCCGAAACCGGAAAGUCAAAAUUUUUAUCAGCCAGUAACGCUAUUGCCGCAGUAUCCGUUUUCGACGCAGGUGUCCAAUUAUCAGAUGAAAAACUCUUCAGAGAAGGGAUAUGCAUAUCCGGCGCCAUCUGCGUCACAGAACCAGUUCACGGCGGAUGUCUUGGAAAAAGAGGAAACGGAAAAUUCUAGGCAAUCAAAUCCUUAUGAAUUUAAUCAAAAUCCAUGGCUAUCAUCUAGGCAUGUUCGUCAAAGUGGUGAAAACCCAGGACGCUCGCGUCGCGAAAAUCCCUUCUUAGAAUUGGAAAAAAAAAACUACAAGAAACGACAAACGGAUCCCCGUACAAUAACACUCUGUCCCACCGAUUCGCAUUACGUUACGCCACGGGCUGGAUUAAACAAUCAAGGAAACUGGAUGUACAUCGUCAAUAUUCCGCAAACACGUGACAAUUAUUCACAAUUAGUGAAAAGUGAAAUUUGCUCAUCCACAACGUGUGAUGGAAUUUGCAGUUUACCAGAUGGAUACUCGAGUAAAUGUGAACAGCAAUAUGUACAGAAACGUUUAGUGGCAUUAGAGGGCUCCGGUGACCGUCUUUACACGGACGUUUUUUGGAUUCCUCAUGGAUGCUCAUGUCAAAUUACUCCUAAUUUUUAAUUUUACUCUGUUUAUACUCAACCAAAAUUAAUUUUCAAAUAAUUAUUUUCACGAAAACCCGGAAUUGAAUUAAACUCCGCGGACUCCGGAGUCCAAAAUUUAGUAGAAAUAAUUCCGGCUCCAAAACAAUUACGUGCGUAAUAGAAAAUUUCAAAUUUAAUUUGAAUUUACCCCCGUUUCAAACAAUUUGCAAUUGACUCCGUGUGCGUCAGAUGUCUAAUGAUGGUCUAGUUUGUCAAAGAAGUUGCCUCCGCACAUUUCUGACUAAAAAAAAUAAUUAUUUAAAACUCAUAUUGCGUAACGACAUUUCGUCCAUCCAAAAGUUUAAAAAAAAAUGCAUUUCCGGUAGAACGUGUUCCCGUAAAGUGUAGACAGUGCAAUGACUCGCGGAUAUCUGGGCCCAAGAGAAAGGUGUCGAGCGGAAGAUGAAUAAUGCAUGACUGAUGACACUAAACCGGUUGCUUUCUUGCAAUAAGUCUGCUAUUACUUAAAUUAUUUUACCGUUCGCCCUAUUGUUAAUAUUUAUCACCGUAAUACUCAUAAUCAUAAUCAUAAUUGUAACAUUAGAGCACCGGGCUGACUCGGCAACUUUACACCAACAAAAACAGUCAUAAUUUGUAAUGAGUCACCCCCUCAACUCAAGUCAAUCCCUAAACUGAUGUGUCAUCAAUCAUUUUAUUUUUCUAUAUUAUUCAUUAUUAGUUUUUUCAUUUUCUUUUAACUUUUCCUUCAUAAACUCGCUGGGUAUAAAAAAUAUAGCGAUAGAUUAUUAGCUCACUUGAUAAUGCGAGCAGCUGCUGACUCAAGAGGAAUUUAGAUUUAAUUUUCCACCGCGACGAGAGAUGGCGCCAGUGGUGUCUUUGGCUAUUUUUGUACAACCGCUUACAUAAAAUAUUUUUUUCUUAACUAUCGCGUAAAAACAAAAAACCAAUUGUAGUAAAAACACUCGAAAAAAAAUUUUUUACGGCAAAAUUUAUUUAUAAAUAAACUUUUUUUAUGCUAAUUAAUAAAUCAAUGAAUGAUAUGUGAAAAUUUUUUAUGCAUUGAAAUUAAAAAUAGAAUACAUUGAAAAAAAAAUCGGGUUAAAUCUUCUCGUACGGAAAAACUCGGUGAACGAUAAAAUUCACUUAGAAGAUAAAAAAGAGGAUACGAGUGACACAUAACUCGAACAAUAUAUGUUAUAUAUGUAUGUGUUGGUGGUGAAAAACCCCCGGCUUUUUAUUUAUUACGCAUCGGUCACCUCUGCGAUUCCGUGGCCGUGCUUUACUUUGGCGACCCUCUCGUCAGUUUUCCACUAGAUGGACGCUCUGUGCUUGAGUCCGGGUCUCAGUGAUGCCACUUCACUCGCACAAUCUUUUUCAUCCCCACGCAGCCGAGGACUUGGAGAACUAUAACACAGCGCAGUACAGGGGAUGCCGCAGAUACUACAGUGCUUAAGAAUGAGGUGAACAAACCAAUGAGCAUCAUCAUCAAAGGCUUGGAAAAUAGGACGAUUAAUACUUGACGUUAAAAAAAUAUAUAUAAUAAGUAUUCAUUUCUCCGGCAGUGGUUUUUAUGAACGAUUUUUUUAUCGAUGCAUUCUCAACAAUCACAUACUUCAAUUAAUAAUUUUAA